AGGGCCCAAGGUCCGCUCGGUAAGUUCACAGCCCGGGUCGGGUCGCACAGCCGCACGGUCCAGCUCCGGAGCUUUUGCCGCCCGCCGGUCGCUGUCUGCAGGCCUCACGCUCCUCAGCCCCAGACCAGGGAGAAAUUCUUGAGGACAAGACCAAAGUGUGUUGCUGCCUACAAGAACCCCUCUUCUAUGGGGAGAAAGUGAUUUUUGUUAUCUCAACCCUCUGACGUCACUGAUCUUUAAUCUUUCUUUUCCUAAUUCCUUGAGCCAACUUUGGUCACGUCUACACUCCAGCCUUGAGCCCUUUGGCAAGUUUUUGGUGUCUGAAAAGCACCCUCUGGAACAAGUGUUUCUGGUUGAGGGUUUUGAGAGGAGGCUGUGGUCUCGGCAGGUGACCUGUCUCUGGCCUCGCAGCCAGGCCAGCCAGGUGAAGUCACCAUGUCCACCAAGGUGCCCAUCUAUCUGAAGCGUGGCAGCCGCAAGGGCAAGAAGGAGAAGCUUCGCGACCUGCUGUCCUCAGAUAUGAUCAGCCCGCCGCUGGGGGACUUCCGCCACACCAUUCACAUUGGCAGUGGUGGUGGCAGCGACAUGUUCGGUGACAUCUCCUUCCUGCAGGGCAAGUUCCACCUCCUGCCGGGGACAGUAAUUGAGGGGCCUGAGGAGGAUGGCACCUUCGACCUCCCUUUCCAGUUCACCCGUACCACCACCACGGUAUGUGGGCGGGAGCUCCCCGAUGGCCCGUCCCCUCUGCUCAAGAAUGCCAUCUCCCUCCCGGUCAUCGGGGGGCCCCAGGCCAUCACCCUGCCCUCAGCCCAGGCUCCACCCAAACCCCCUCGCCUGCACCUGGAGACCCCUCAGCCCUCCCCACAGCCUUCCCCGCAGGAGGCCGGGAGCGUGGACAUCUGGAGGAUACCAGAGGCUGGUUCACCCCACAAUGGGCUGACCCCAGAGACAGGGGCCGAGGAUCCCUUCUUGUCCCAUGCAAGCUCCCUGCUGUCCCUGCAUGUGGACCUGGGGCCUUCCAUCCUGGAUGACGUCCUCCAGAUCAUGGAUCAGGACCUGGACCCCCUGCAGAUCCCCACGUAGGACCUGCGGCUGACCAGGCUGGGUGCCCACGUUGGGGUGAUGCCAGGGAGGCAGGCUGUGGACACAGCCCUGGCCUAGGAGUCAGGAUCCCAGGGUCCCACCUGUGUGGUCACUGGCCAGUGAUUCUCAUUUUGAGCCUUUGUUUCCCUCCCACCCAUCCUCUCCCCAAGGGCAGAGUGUGCCUAAGUGCUUUCCUUAACAACACCCAAGGACAUGUGCGGUAGGCCCCUCGGAUGACGGCUCUGCUGAAAUGGACUCCCCUUAUCCCUCCCUUCUGCCCAGCCCCGUUCCAUGCCCUGACUGGGGGCAGGGCACAACCAGCAGAGGGCUUGAGCAGUGGGCAGGCUGUUCCGGACCUUUGGCUUCGUCCUGGACUGGGAGUGUGGUGUCGGUGACCAGAUGUGUCCCACCUUGUCCGCUGCCCCAUCCCUUCCCUACAGGACCAGGAUCUGGUUGCAAUAAAACAUGCUGCUGCCAGUG